CGCACACGGGCGGCUAUAUCGGUAUCCACCUCUUUGAACCAGGCCAUCUCUGUAUUAUGUCUCCCUCUCGACAACCUUACUCUAUGGAGAGUAGUCCAGGAGACGUAGAACUGGGACAAAGCUUGAGGGCUCAGGGUUCCAAUUUAGGAUCACAGCCUGAAACUCGAGUGGGAAGCAUAAUCAACGAAAAGGUCGACGCAAAGGAUGAAGCUUUGCGAGUCGAGGAGCCUUCAAGUGCACCCCAGUUUGUCGAAGGCACAGUCCAAGGAUGGUUAACGGUCUGUGGCGCAUCUCUAGUUGCGAUGUGCACGUUUGGAAACAUUCAGUCCUUUGGAGUCUACCAAGCCUAUUAUACCCAAACCUUUCUCUCUGGCAACUCGCCGUCUAAGAUAAGCUGGAUCGGUUCCGUCCAGCUAUGCCUCCAGUUUACUGUUGGGGUUUUCUCGGGAAAACUCUUCGAUCGAGGCUACUUCCACUCUCUCAUGAUUGGUGGUGGCCUCUUUUUCCUCUUCUCAUCUUUUAUGCUCUCACUCGUUAAACCUCAUCAGUUCUAUCAAGCCCUGUUGGCGCAGGGUCUUGGCAUGGGUAUCGGGAUGGGUUGUAUGUUUUUGCCAGCCUUAAGCAUCACGUCGCACUAUUUCAGGAAGAGGAGAGCCGUUGCCAUGGGGUUGGUGGUAGCGAGCGGGUCCUUGGGAGGCGUCAUUUACUCGAUUCUCCUGAAUAAAAUAUUUCCUCGGGAGGAACUAGGAUUUCCUUGGGCAGUUCGUUUCAUCGCAUUCAUCAACAUCAUCUUCUUGGUUGUCGCGAACCUGAUCAUGAAGCCGAGAUGGCCGACCCGCAAACGCGCUCCAGUGGAUAUGAGUCAAAUCAUACAUGAUCCCCCAUAUUGGGUGACGAUUAUAGGGCUUUUUCUAGGAUUCUGGGGGAUAUUCAUCCCAUGCACGUACUUUUACCUGCAGCUCUUCUCUGAGACUCAUGGAAUAGAUCCUAGCUUUCUAACUUGGACGCUUCCCAUCCUCAAUGCCGGGGCCGUUUUCGGGCGGUUCGUGCCCAACUUCCUAGCCGAUAAAUACGGCCCGUUGAAUGUCAUCAUUCCAAGUGGAAUUAUCUCAGCCGGAACGCUGUGGGCUCUUCUCGGCGUUAGAACCGUUGCAGGGGUGGUAUUAUUUGGGCUGGUAUAUGGAUUUGUCUCUGGCACAUUUUUGACCCUUGCGUCUCCGGCCCUCGCGGCGUUCACCCGGAGCCCUACAUUAGACGACAUAGGGCUUCGGAUUGGCAUAUCGUGCUUCUUCACUGGGUUAGCACUGUUGACAGGCAAUCCAAUCGCGGGCGCUUUGCUGUCCGCUCCAAAGUACAUCUGGUGGCGUCCGCUUACUUUUGCCUGCGUCGUGAUCAUGGCUGGCACUAUUUGCAUUACAAUCGCUCGACAGGCACUAGUGCGAAGGAAGGGUGGCGUGAAAUUUAUCUAACCAGCUUCGUUUGCCCAGGCGAGCGGAGAACUACGUAGAAGCGAUAUUAUUCUGACUAGAUCCAUCUUAUUUACAUGAUUUCUGAUUUCAUCUUUCUUCAUUCUACGUACUUGGGUUCGGGUAUACCUGACGACUUGGCGUAGUUUACAGUUUAGAUUUCUCGUCUCUCUAGACAGCCGCACAUUCCUCAGAUUUAUAGAUUCUCUUUCCCCAGGCCCACACGGGAUUGUUUUUUUAAUUCAAUCUUACAGCCGUUUGCAUACAGG